AUGGCGGUGCAGGCGGCGCUGCUCAGCGCGCACCCCUUUGUGCCCUUCGGCUUCGGGGGUCCCCCAGACGGGCUAGGGGGCGCCUUCGGAGCCCUGGACAAGGGCUGCUGCUUCGAGGACGACGAGACUGCGGCGCCGGCGGGCGCGCUGCUGUCAGGAGCCGAGGGCGGCGACGUGCGCGAGGCCACCCGUGACCUGCUCAGCUUCAUCGACUCGGCGUCCAGCAACAUCAAGCUGGCGCUGGACAAGCCGGGCAAGUCGAAGAGGAAGGUGAACCACCGCAAGUACCUGCAGAAGCAGAUCAAGCGCUGCAGCGGCCUCAUGGGCGCCGCGGCCCCGGGCCCGCCGUCCCCCGGCGCUGCCGACGCGCCGGCCAAGCGGCCGCUUGCAGUCCCCGGCGCCCCGACCGUCACCGUCCCGAUCCACGGCAAGGCAGCCCCCCGGCGCGAGGCGUCGCAGGCUGCGGCGGCCGCCAACCUGCAAAGCCGGAGUUUGGCCGCGCUCUUCGACUCGUUGCGCCACAUCCCCGGGGCUGCCGAGCCGGCGGGGGGCGAGGCGGCGGGGCUUCGCGGAGCUGGAGCUGGGGGCGCCGCAGGGGAUGGGAUCGGGUCCGCGGGGGCCGCAGCGGUCCCGGGAGCCAGGAAGGUCCCGCUUCGGGCCCGCAACCUGCCUCCGUCCUUCUUCACCGAGCCGUCCCGGGCGGGCGGCGGCGGUUGCAGCCUGUCGGGGCCGGGUGUGAGCUUGGGUGACCUGGAGAAGGGCGCGGAGGCCGUGGAGUUCUUCGAACUACUGGGGCCCGACUACGGCGCUGGCACGGAGGCAGCAGUCUUGCUUGCCGCCGAACCCCUCGACGUGUUCCCCACCGGAGCUGCCGUACUUCGGGGACCGCCGGAGCUGGAGCCCGGCUUCUUUGAGCCACCGCCUGCGGUAGUGGGAAACGUACUAUACCCUGAGCCCUGGAGCGUCGCGGGCUGCCCAGCGACCAAGAAGCCGUCCCUGACUACGCCCCGCGGCUGCUUGACCUUGAACGAGCCCUUGCGCCCAGUGUAUCCCGGCGUCGCGGACUCUCCGGGAGGGGAGGACGGCCCGGGCCAUUUGGCCUCUUUCGUCCCCUUCUUCCCAGACUGCGCCCUGCCCCCGCCGCCGCCCCAUCAAGUGUCCUAUGAUUACAGCGCGGGGUACAGCCGCUCGGCCUACUCCAGUCUUUGGAGACCCGACGGGGUUUGGGAAGGGCCGCCGGGGGAGGAGGGGGCGCCCCGGGACUGA